GAUACAAAACGAUACGCAGACUUCAAUUAAACAACAUUAUUCAUGAAGUGCAGACUUCAGGAACAUUCAAAAUGAUAUUCUUUCAAUUCGUAUGCUUAAUUUUAUCAAUAUUCGCGACUUUAGCCAGCUCGAUUGGUUCAGAGUCCGGAAUCUUAUCAGUCUGUUCAAAGUUUGAUUUUGAAGAAAAGUUGCUAGAAAAACUUGUGCGCUUGGAACAUAAAAUGGAAGUAUACGCCGAGAAGAUGAAGCUAUGGGAAGAAUCUGUUUCUUCCAGUCUGGAUACAGUCGUCGUGGCAAAGAAAAAAACAGAGACAUUUAUUGAAUCAAUGCGAGAAGCACAUCUUGAAGACCAAACGCGGUUUGAUAAGUCUUUCCUUGAAACCAUAGACCAUUUCAAACUGGAGUCUGAAAAUAAAACGGAGAUGUACGAAAGAAAAAUGAACACGCUGUUGGAUUCGUUUUCUUUUAAAAUACAAGAAUUAAGUAAAGAUGAACGUAAAAGGGAGAGUGCAAUGCAGGUAUAUCACCACCACGAACAGAACAGAUUUAAUGCGUCAUUUGAUAAAAUUGUGGAAAACUUUCAAAUUCGCUUUAAUAAAUCAUUGCAGGAAAUUGCUUUGAACCAACAGAAAGUUGCUCUUACUGCCUGUCAUUCAUCAUAUUCUUCUGUGUCGGCUAGUACAGUAGUACAAUUUUCAAAUAUAAAAACUAACAUUGGAAUAACUGACUUGUCAUCCUAUAAAUCGACAGGAAAAUUCGUGUGUACUGUUGCUGGAUUGUACCAUGUUUCUGCAGUUAUGAUGUCAAACACUGAUGCAGCUCUUUACUAUAUUUAUAAAAACAAUGACACAAUGAUAACUACAUAUUACGGUAAAGUUCACAAUUACCAAACUAGAACCAGAGUUCUUGUCACGAUGUUGGAUGCCGGUGACGAAAUAACAGUAAGGACUGGUGGUUCUCAGUACAUAUUUGAAUAUUCCUGUUUCACAAUUGUUAAAUUGAAUUAAAAAAAAUCAUUAGAUUAAGCUCAAGUUUAGCGAUUGCUUGGCAUUCUUUGUACAUCAUAUAAUAUAAAUCAUUAAAGAAAAAAUGGUAUCACAAUAUGCAUAUUUGAGCAGAUUCAUAAAAAAAUGUUAUACUGAAGUUUUAUGUAAGGUAAUAGACGACUGUCUCACAACAUAUCGUUUAACAUGAUGAAAUUCAAACAAGACCGAUUAUUAUAAUACAAUAUGAGACUCUGCUUCCAAUCCAUUCAAGGUUCAAUUAAACAACCUGCACAUAAAACAGACAGAUUUAUUUCUUUUCUGAUCAAAGUUCUUUAGAAUAG